AUGUUUGUACAGGAGACCAACGGUACGGAGUGGGGAUAUCUCCCAGAGAUCAGACCUGAGGAGACCAACGGUACGGAGUGGGGAUAUCUCCCAGAGAUCAGACCUGAGGUACACUAUGUGGAGACCAACGGUACGGAGUGGGGAUAUCUCCCAGAGAUCAGACCUAAGGAGACCAACGGUACGGAGUGGGGAUAUCUCCCAGAGAUCAGACCUGUGGUACACUAUGUGGAGACCAACGGUACGGAGUUGGGAUAUCUCCCAGAGAUCAGACCUGAGGUACACUAUGUGGAGACCAACGGUACGGAGUGGGGAUAUCUCCCAGAGAUCAGACCUGAGGUACACUAUGUGGAGACCAACGGUACGGAGUUGGGAUAUCUCCCAGAGAUCAGACCUGUGGUACACUAUGUGGAGACCAACGGUACGGAGUGGGGAUAUCUCCCAGAGAUCAGACCUGAGGUACACUAUGUGGUAGGAAGUCUGUUGUUAGCAGUGGGGACUGCUGGAGUCCUUGGAAACGCUCUGGUACUAUUUGUGUUUACCAGAUUCAGGCGGUUGAGGGGACCAUUCUCUUCGUUCGUAGUGAACCUGGCAGUAGCAGAUCUGUGUACUUCCCUGCUGCAUGGGAUGGCAGUCGUGUCCUCCUUCAAGCAUCGAUGGGCCUUCGGACGAUUAGGCUGCAUGCUGUAUGCUGGGGGAGUGGGCCACUUCGGACUGUUGUCUAUAGUCACCCUGGCCGCUAUAGCAGUAGAAAGAUACUGGGUGAUCACGGCCAAGCCUCUGUCGGGCAGUCGCAAGCUCACCAAGUACGGCGCACGCAAGACCUGCGUAUUCGCUUGGCUGUACUGCCUAACCAUGUCGCUGCCUCCGUUUUUCGGCUGGUCCAAGUACGAGCCCGAGGGUUUCCUCACCUCAUGUUCCUGGGACUACACGACGCGCUCUUCUGCCAACCGCGCCUACUACAUCUACCUGCUGACCCUUGGCUUUGUGAUGCCUGUGGCCGUCAUUUCCUACUGCUACGUGUUCAUCAUGGUCGCUAUCUUGGCUCACGGUCGGGAAAUGAAGGACGUCAAAGCCAACGGAGGGGGCAAGCCAAGGGGCUACAUCUCCACGCGGCCGUUCGUCCACACUCGCUCAUCCUCUACAGUUCGAACGGCCGAGAUAAUCUUCGUACUAGUACUUCUGUUUAUAAUUUCUUGGACUCCAUAUGCAGUCAUAACAUUCAUCGGUCAGUUUGGUCCUCGCGAAUGGCUAAAUCCUUGGGUAACAGCUCUUCCUGCCUUCUUUGCCAAGGCAUCGGUCGUGUAUAAUCCUAUAAUCUACGGCCUGUCACACCCGCACUUCCGGUCAUCAGUGAAGCAGUACAUCUCUGCUUGUACGACUGGGGUGAGCAGCUCCACCAUGGCGGGGUCCCAGAGAGGAUGUCCUGGGAAGCGACCCUCGGUACCUGCGAGAGACGUCGCCUCUAGUCCAGCCUCCAUACACGCCCUGCACCGCACACACUUCCGCUGCUUCCCUCGCCACACAGUCAAUGGUGAACACAGCUUCCACAGCGAGCCCGACCCCAGAGGCAUGACCUUGCUGCAGAUGGAGAGGCCAGUAGUCUUACAGUGGCAUGGAGUCAAGUCAGGGAAAAACAGAGUUCUCACCACGUUAAACACGCCCAACUGCAACAUCCUUUCUAACACCCUUGUGAUAACCAGCGAAGGGAUGGUAACAACAGGAAGUCAAACAUCAAGCAGAAUCCCACUCAGCUUGUACGACCUAGGAGCUGUACCUAAGAAACGACCUUGGCUGAAAGUCAGUAAACGAUGAGAUAACGCCGGCCCAGAAGUGCAGACAGCGCUGUGAUAUCUGGGCAUUUAGAUUAAUUUGUACUAUAGGCUUUUCUGUGUUACGUUCCUCAAUGUGUUGAGUGAAUGUUUGCUAUUGUUUGGUCAUAUUGUAUAAAUGGUUCUAUAAAAUCAGAAGGUUUUGAUGACUGAAAAUCUCUUAUUCUUUCGUGGUAAAAAUUAAAAAAAAAAACAGUUUGUGACUCCUACGUUAGCUCAAUUUAUAUCAUUCAAAUAAUAUGGUUGUAACAUUCAAAUUUACUUUUGAUUAAUUGCAUUGUAUGCUUAGUAAUGUAGUUGUUACUGAUGUAAAAAAAAUCUUGCCGGAAAUAUUUUUGAUACAUUUCAAGAGUGUUGUAAAUGGUCGUAGGAAAUUUAUAUAUUUUCAUUUUUGUGUAGUCUCCAGUCACUUAACAUCUAAUAAGAGGCUAAUUUACCUUACUUUCGUCUGGUCAUUUACCUCCUCUAGACGAUCGUUUCUGUGACUAUAUCGCCUUCUUCAGAUCCUCGUCAUGAAUAUCAAUUAGUUUUCACUCAUAUCGAGGUCAUCAAAACAUUCAACACGAACACACGAAUGAACAUCGUUUAAACAGGACAUAAAAUCUGUUUAUGUUAAAUCCUUUGACGUCCUUGAUUUGAGUGAAAAUUAUUUUUUUUAUUCUUGACGAGGAUCUGAAGAAGACGACAUAGUCGCCAAAAUUAUGGUAGCCCACCUUAAAGGAGGUAUUGGAGUCACAAGACGAAAUUAAGGUAAAUUAACCUCUUAUUUAUUUAUACAUAGCCUUUGUAAGGGCAUUGCAUGUUUUUACCAUCUUAAAUACUUGUAAUUACUAAAUACUUAGUGGUCCAGCCUUUCUUGUUAGAUAAUGGACCCUGGCUUUAAGUAAAUUAUGAUAAAAGUCAAACCCCGAAAUGCUAAUGAUGUUUAUUUCGCCUUAUGUAGUUGAAUCUAAUAUAUUUAAACAACGAUUUGUGGGUGCCUGAUAUAUUAAUUGUUUUUUUUUCACAUCAUAUCAAAAUUGAAUCUUUGGAUUUGACAAUUGUAAGAAUGAAAGUAAAAUAGUUAAACAUUUUCUAAUUAUAAAUCUAAAUUAACCAAUUUCUAUCUUCAAUUAUUAGAUAGAAAGACAACUUAAAUACGUAAAAUGUUUGUUAAAAAAGACCCUUUCACGUGACAUGAAAUUUGUUAUUGCUUUCAGUUUAUUUAUUCUUAAAGUUUGAGACUUUUUUUAAUUGGAAGAUUACACGAAAAAAACGAAUGACCCACCUUGUAAAUACGGUGUAAGAUAAUUAGCGUUUUGCACCAAAUUGAUCAGGGUGAUUAGACCUGUAUAUUGAUGCAUCACACAACCCAUGUUUACACUUGAACAGUUCUCAAAAAGCACCCCAAAUUGGCUCUUUUGGGGAAUUUUUCAAAAUAAUUUAAUUGGAUUCAACAAGGUAAAAUUAGUGGGAAAUGAGAACGUACAAGUGUUAAAAGCCUUACCUUUGUACAGUCUACACACCAGAUGUGGAAAGU